CGUUCCUUUAUUUCUCGAUGUAGAUAACUGAAAGUAAUCAUUUUGUGGAUAGACACUGUCGAAUACAAACUUAUAAUAAUAAAGAAAAACAAAAAAAAAGAUUAUCAAAAUGAAGUUCGCAAUAAUCUUAUUUGCGUUGGCUGUUCUCAUGCAGGUGAGUCAUAAUGUCGCAGCUCCAUAUGGUGGAGGCAACGCACAAAGACCACGCACAGAACCAGCCAUCAUAGCCGAUGUCCAAUCACAACCAAUUGUCGCUCCUGAUUCCCAAUCGCAGGUAAUUGCCCCUCCAACGUGUGGAUGUGGAAGUAAAUGUAGCUGCGGUGCUAACGGGCCAUCGGCUGACUGUACAUGUAACAAGCCAUGUCAAUGUGGACAGCAAAAGCCUGCACCAACACCAAUUGCCCCUCCAACGUGUGGAUGCGGAAGAACAUGUAGCUGCGGAGCUAACGGACCGUCGGCUGACUGCACUUGUAAAGGUACAUGCCAAUGUGGACAACAAAAACCUGAGCCAAAACCAGUUGCCGCUCUGAGUUGUGGAUGCGGAAGCAACUGUAGCUGCGGUGCUAACGGACCAUCAGCCGACUGCAAUUGUAAGGGGACGUGUCAAUGUGGACAGCAACAGCCUGCACCAAAACCAGAAUGCACAUGUGGUGACAAAUGUGCAUGCGGUACAAGACCAGGAGCUAAAACCUGUGGAUGCCAAAAACAAAAUUCCGCUUCAGUAAAUUCAAGUGCAAUUGAUCGUGCACUGGCUCAAUUACGAGCAAUUGUAGCAUCGUUUCAGUCUAGGAAUAGCUAAUUCCACUGAGUAUGAUCACUUAAAUCAAAUAGAUUUUUCGAAGUUUUUUUUCGAACUUAUUUAUCGAAUUUUCUUUGUUAAAUAAAAUGUUUUUUGGUGAA